CCCCCCCCCCCAAAUGUCCACGCAAUAUUCACCGCACGACCUUGCUCCCCCCGUCAUGCGAGGGUGCCCUUUGCGUUGGGAGGUCUUGGGAAGUUUUCAGCACCACUGUUGUCCCGUCUCGAUGAUCAUGCCCGCGGUUCAGUGCCAUUCUCGUUAACUUCCGGAAUGCUUUGCCCGUGGACUCUGCCUUAAGCGCACGCGGUCGAUCACCGCGAGUCUGAUAACAUGUCGAUAAUGACUGGCACUUCCUCCUUCGGGGGUACAGGCUCGAGCCUGGCACGAGCGGUGGUUAUUGUUGCUGGUGUUUCAGCGCUGGUAGCUUCACUGCUCUCUUUAUUGUCCAUAUGGCUUCAAACGAAAAACUAUCGCAAACCACUACUCCAACGAUAUGUCGUCCGUAUACUGUUGAUGGUCCCCAUAUAUGCGGUGUCUUCCUGGUCUAGCAUCAUAUCGCUGAGAGCGGCGAUGUGGCUGGAUCCCAUUCGCGAUGUCUACGAGGCGUUUACGAUCUACACCUUCUUUCAGUUACUCAUCAACUUCCUAGGAGGCGAGCGGGCAUUGAUUAUAAUGACUCACGGGCGUCCUCCUGUCCAACAUGCCUGGCCAAUGAAUCACAUCCUCCCUAAAGUGGAUAUCUCCGACCCUCAGACCUUCUUGGCUGUCAAGCGUGGGAUCCUCCAAUAUACUUGGCUAAAGCCGAUCCUAGCCAUUGCCUCCAUCGUAAUGAAAGCGACAGACACAUAUCAGGAAGGCUACCUGGGCUUGACAUCUGGAUACCUCUGGACAGGUAUUGUGUACAAUGUCAGCGUGACCAUAAGUCUCUAUUCCCUAGCCAUGUUCUGGGUCUGUCUGCACAAUGACCUGGCGCCAUUCCGUCCGGUCCCCAAAUUCCUGUGUGUCAAACUUAUCAUCUUUGCCUCUUAUUGGCAAGGCUUUUUCUUGUCCAUCUUGCAAUGGCUGGGUGCGCUUUCUAACGGGGUUGCGGGGUAUACGCCCGACAACCUUGCCGCUGCGAUUCAGGACAGCCUGAUCUGCUUCGAGAUGCCAAUCUUCGCCAUCACCCAUUGGUACGCCUUCUCCUGGCAUGAUUAUGCCGACUCCUCCAUCUCAGCUGCUCGACUGCCCGUCAAGUACGCCCUUCGCGAUUCCUUUGGGAUCCGGGACCUCAUUGAGGACACGAAGAUGACCCUACGUGGGGAGAACUACGAGUACAGGCUUUUUGAUUCCGGGGACCACAUUAUUCCCCAUGCCGAAUCCAACUCCCGGGUCCGGCGAGUGAUGCACGGCAUGAGGUAUGAGCGUGGGGGUAAAGCCAAGUAUUGGAUUCCCAAGCCUGGCGAGGUUAAUAGUCGGACCCCGUUGCUAUCCGGGUCAGAAGGGAGCAGUCGCGAUCGACGGAGCAGCAUGCUUAGUCGAUUCCGUUCACACAGUGACAUUGAUGAGACCACCUUGGACGACGAUGAUGAGAGGCUCUUCACCAACGCACGCGCCCUAGAAUUUGGCGACUGGAAUUAUCCGGUGAUUACGGCCAACGAAGUGCCGGAAGAUCAGCGUCAAGCACACUAUCAACGUCCGCAGCAGUCCCAAGUGCCUGGAUCGGUUAAGCGAUUGAGGAGGCACCGGAAGUCCCGUGCAACGAAUGGUGGGAGCACGUCCCGGAGUGAAGGGAGCUCCUAUAGUCCUCGCAAGGAGAACCCCAACGGUCCCAGGACCGUCCGUCAGGACACCAGCUCCUCAAUUUCGCACGGCUCCCAUCGUAGCCAGCUGGUCGACCUUGUAGUGGAGGACCAACAGGCAGAGGAAGCGGAACGAGUGCACGCUCAGAAGGCAUUUGGGUCAACAUGGCUCGAGCCCGAACAAAGACAUUUUCAGAGACCCUCUGGAGAGCCAGUUGAUGAACGGCCAAGCUACCUCGAAGAUAACGCAGGGGCAUCAGGAGAAGGGGCCGAACCUGCAAGCCAGACUGAUGGGGGCAAUGAUGAUGAAUCGGCGACGCGGCGGAAUUGGACAUAUGGAGAGUUGGAAGAGGACAAUGUGUGGGAUCGGUAGGAGGGCUCGGUGCAUGCACCGAAUCCUUCCCGCCAUUGGGAGGGGAUCUGAAGUGGGUGGGCAUCUGCAAAAUAUCUGAGGCAUAGGAUAUGUAAGAUGAAUGAAAUCGUGGAAUGUUGUAUCGAUCGGACGGAUG